AUGUCUGAACCGCAAGAGUACGGGCCGAAAAGUCGGUCAAUCCUUAUAGCAAGGUCCUACUGUACUUCUUGCUGUAUAUUAAUUUCAAUUUUUCCAGUAUUCUUCUACGACCCAGCCCAUCCCCCAAAAAAUGUAGAUAAUUCUUCCCCAACAACAAUCCGUUUACCUUCACAAAUGCCACCAUCACAACCAUCACCCCAACAACCUUCUCAACCAUCCCAUUUUAUUACAAAAACAUUUGAAUGUGAAUUAUUUAUACUAGAUCAGGCUAAUAAAGCUUAUGAAAAUGAAAAUAGUUUUGAAUAUUUUCAAGCUAAAACUAUACUUUUAAAUGCUCUUGCCAAUACUUUUGAAGGUUCUUCUCUACGCGAUAUGAAUCCAACCAUUUCUUUGGAAAGAUUGGAGAAUAGGUAGGGAAUAUAGUUAAUUAGUAGGUCCCAAAAACUAGUAAAAGACUGGACUUGAUCUGGGAAGGUCUCCGAUUUUAUUUUUAAUUUAUUUGGCUAGGUUGGGAGGCCGCUUUACAAUUAGUGUAUUUGGGAUUAGGGUUGCCGGCCCGUUUCGGCUCAGUUCGAAACAUAGAAUCGGGCUCGAUUUUUGGCUCGAAAAAGACUCGAACAGCCCAGUUCGAAAAAAAGAGGCCUGAAAAAUGACUAGAACGUCGGCCCGAUUCGAACACUGCAACCCUAUUGGGGGAGGUUGUAGUUUGGGAUGGGACCUUCGGUGUUUAGGUACUUAUAAAGUCUAAUCAGGGAAGCGUAAAGUUGCAGGGAUUAAAGCUGAUAGUGUUCAAAAAAUCUUCUUUUACAUAACCGUAGUCCGCUGGCUGAUUUUAAAAAUCCGCAACUCGUCAUUUUUAUUUUUUACAUCCGAAAAUACAUAUGAUAGAUCAAGGAAUUCCAAUGAUAAAAAAUUCAAGGAUAAAGAUAAAAUAAAAAUCCAAUCCAAUUCAGUCUAAGGGACGGAGACAGGAAAUUUUUAAAAAAAAAAGUCAACUCCAUCACUUUUGGGGACUGGUAACAACCAUAUGGAGUGCUAACAGGAGUUUCCUCAAAAAAGUCUCGAUUCCUAUACUUUCCCCCCCCCCCCAUUUUCUUUUUAAUUUAAUUUUUCUUUUCAAAAUUUUCAGUGAUUCUGAUUUCCGAAUUGUUUUCUCACUAAGUAUAAUUGUUUUGGAACAAAAUAAAUCAGUUGGAGAAUUAUCAAUUCGUAAUUUAUUACUUAGCCAAAUUGGUGUACUAGAAGGAUUAAUUAAUCAAACAAAUAUAGACAGAAAUAGAGUUGUAGUUAAAGAA